AUGUUGUUACUUGGAUUUUUAGCAUUUUCCCAGAUAUUUGGGAUUGUUGUGUCUCACGCAAUUCCCAAAGUUGGAAGCUCAUUUCAUCUUUCAAGUUUAGAGAAGAGAGCUGAUUUGUUCCAGACUUUGGAAGACACAUUAGGUCGAAUCAAUAAGUACACAGAAACCGAAGGAAGUAUUUACCUUCAAAAAGGUGACGAAUCUAGAAGUUCAUUGUCUAUUCCCAUAAAUUUGCAAGUUUACCCUCCGGGAAUGGCAGGCAAAACCACAAUAGCACAAAAUAUUAUGAAUGAACAAGGUUGUGAAGGCAAUGUGGUCAUUAUGAGCUCAAAGGAAAAGGAGCCUCCUUACUCUUUCCAAGCUGGCCUCUGUAUAUCCAUUAACCGGGAUAUGAACAAACCAAAAGUCCACUUGGGGGAAUUCAGUGUUUCUGGUGCAUCUAAUAUGGAAUUACGCCAACUCUUGAGGUUGGCUGGAGAUAUUGAUUUGCAUCAAGACUUGGAUAGCAUGUUGGCAGUUUGCUUCAAUCAAGAUCUGAAAGAAAACGAAAAAUGUUUGAAGCUUGACGAAAUAAAUCAUGCUUUGCUUCCUUUUACAGUUCUUUCAAAAAGAGAGUUGGACGAAUCAGACGGGCCCAUAAAUGAAGUGGGAUCCAUUCUUGACCACGAAAAGGGAAAAUCAAGAUUAGUAGAGAUGUUGGAGGAUUUUGUUGGGGAGUCCAUAAACCAUAAGAUCUCUGAAAAGUUCAAUGCUCUCUCUGGGCAUGAUUUGAAAAGAGUGUAUGAUUGGAAGAAGGAAAUGGAAGAAGCAUUUGAUGAUUCAUUACAAUACUCUUUUCAAAGAAUUGACAAGGACUAUUUGGUGAAGAGAGAUGACUCUGAAUCCAUGUUAGCCCAGGAAGCAGAUAUUGAGACCGACUCUCGUACGAGCGAUGUAAGUAUUUCUUCUGACCCUGAGCAGGGUAUGCCAGCUUCAGAAAACUGUUACCCAGUGACUUGGUUUAACAUAUUUCGUCAUAGUGUAUUUGGUACUCAUUUGUGUCAACAGGACAACCUACAAGCAAUGUGA